UUUUAGAAACACCGUUUGAACACCUGCGCGUCGUUUAAUGCGGUCAUCUUUUAUGCCAGUUUAUUUUAAAUGGAGACUAUUUUUGAGAUUCUUUUCUGGCUUAACUUUGCAGCAGGGCGCGGACUGCGUGCUUGUUUCAUAUGUGGGGACAGAUUGGUCGAAGAAGAACCCCUUCAUAGGAGAGAAGUCAGCUUUCCAUCCAGUCAGCAUAUUCGUUCAAAUGACAAAUUACUGGGCGACUUCGCCUUUUUGAAGGUAGAUGAAAUUGUGGGGGAAAUGUAUUGUGGCAACUUGUGUGUGUUCAACACUCCCUGCAAAUCAUACAAUUUCAACACAGCUGUCAAACAGUGCCAAUUACUAGCCACUGAUUUACACCUCAAAAACAUUACUUCUAUCGAAACAAAUACGAAUGGGAUCUGGAUUCACCGGUCUCUGAACAAUGUGCUCUCCAGGGGAUGCAGGAACAACUCUGUGAUCUUGUCUGACUGUGUCAACAUGUGGGUGGAGUCAGUAACCACUCAUGAGAUGGUGAUUGUGUGGGUGGAGCCGUCCGAUGAAGACGAAGAUGAAACUCAGUUUUUAAUAGUGAUGAAGCUGGGACAACAGAUGAUUUUAUGA